UCGUGUAGCGGCCACAAACAGGAAGAAAACAUCCAGCUGUUAUCAAAGCACGGAGAGCUCUGGUUAGCGUAGCAACCCUUGUAGCAGUGGCUCCGUAAUGAAACGGCUUUGAGAGUCGGGAAUAAACCAGUGCUUUAUCAUGCUGUGUCCGCAGUGGUGACUGUAUCGAGUGACACUCAAGGAAUUUAAUUGUGUUCGGCUUUCCUCCGGUCCGAGUGUAGAAACAAGGUGUGAAUGAGUGACGUGGUGCCUCCCACAGCCCUCAGUGAAGUCCAGCUCCGCUUCCUUUGCCACGAUGACAUAGAGAACGUUAAGCUGCUCUGUGGUGAUUGGUUCCCAAUCGAGUACCCAGACUCAUGGUAUCAGGACAUCACCUCCAACAAGAAGUUCUUCUCCCUCGCUGCCACCUACAGAGGAGGCAUCGUGGGAAUGAUUGUGGCCGAGAUCAAAGGUCGGACCAAAGUACACAAAGAGGAUGGAGACAUCCUGGCCUCCAGUUUCCCCGUGGACACACAGGUAGCCUACAUCCUCAGCCUGGGAGUGGUCAAAGAGUUCAGGAAACAUGGCAUAGGCUCACUGCUGCUGGACAGUUUGAAGGAGCACAUAUCGACGACAGCCCAGGACCACUGUAAGGCAAUCUACCUACACGUUCUCACCACGAACAACACUGCCAUCAACUUCUACGAGAACAGGGACUUCAGGCAGCACCACUACCUACCCUACUACUACUCCAUCCGAGGCGUCCUCAAAGAUGGAUUCACAUAUGUGCUCUACAUCAACGGGGGUCAUCCACCCUGGACAAUAUUUGAUUAUAUCCAGCACAUCGGUUCAACCCUGGCCAGCCUGAGCCCCUGCUCCAUCCCUCAGAGGCUGUACCGACAGGCCCAGUCCCUGCUGCGCUCGCUGCUCCCCUGGUCCAAUAUCGCCUCCAAGACCGGCAUCCAGUACAGCAGAACAAUGUGACACAGCAUGUCACACAGAUGUUCCCGUCAGUCUUCCCCUGUACACGCCGAGAUGUACACGCACACUCACAUUCUCCUACAGCUUUCCACACCCUGUGUGACACACAGGACCUCAGGUUCAACCUGCAUUUGACCGUUCACAUAUUUCAGCGCCCACUGAUUUACAGGGUUUGUUUCACUGCAGGGUCAUGAAAUGUGCAGUGUUGUUUUCACACUGACAGACAGUGGGAGUUACGGUUACAAACCACUGUUUUCUUGAUUUAAUCAGAUCCUCUACUCGCCCAUAUAUACAUAUCACACUGUCCCAUUUGUGCUCCAGCUGUAAUCUGAGUGUAGCCGAGCGGUGGCAGCCUCCCUUAGAGGCCAGGCAGCAGCGCGGAGUGGAGGACCUGCUUCAGAUACGUCAACCCUGAUGCACAAACGGCAAACACAGGUUGUAUUUUUGAUGUGGAAAGGGUGUAACACACACACUGGGAACCAAACAGAGACUACAGGUUCAGCCGAUCGUCCUGCCUCCCUUCAUCCUGUCCACCACUGUCAGAGACUAUGUACACUGUUGUAUAUUAUAUAUACUAAGAUAAUAUAUACAUUGCUCUCAAUAUGUGUGUCUAUUCUAUGCUGUUAGUAGGACUAGCUGGAAGAUAACCCAUCCCUGUCUCUUUUACGAGUAUACGCUGAAUGGGGAAGUAGAUAAGAAUAAAGGUGAUUAUAGAAAGGAAAGUUUGAGGGGCAGUUCAGUCAGAUUUAUUUCAUUUUUCUUCACAACAUUCAUGAAAUUGGCACUCUGUUGUAAUUGUAAUGGUAACGUACGGUCACAUUUCUAAGCAAACAAAAAAGGACUCUGCAUUGUUUCUGUUGUAUGAUCCAGAUGGGAAUGAGAGAGAGUAGCUUGGGUGCUUAUUUUAGGGGUUUUUUAAUGUAACUGGCUGCAGCCCAGUUGGUCUGUGACGUUGCUGCUAAUGUAGAGAAAUGUUUGUUCAGAUUGUUUUCUUUUUUUAAUUUGUCCCAGGUUAAAUUUUUAUGUCGGCCUGUAGAAGAGCUGAAGAAAAGCAUCGUCCACCACACGUGCCUGCAUGCAUGCAGGUGUGUACGUAUAAGCACACAGAGUCCCAAAAUUAGAACCUAGCAAGUGCCAAAGUUUGGGGGUGAAAGACAAAUAUCGCUGAUUAAUGUUGUCAGAAAGCAGCGGUGAGGUUUCUUCAUUUUGUUAGAGCUCCGUUGGACUUUACACAAAACCUGCUCCACUGUAUCAGAGAGCAACAAUGUUUGAUUUGGUACAUGGCACAGCACUGAAUGAGGUCAGGGGGACUGUGAAAACAAAAACAUAAUCACAGUUCGGGUGUUCAUCUCUCACUUCACCAGCCCCGAGGGUUUCUGAAAACAUCUGACAUUGUUUAUGCAAUAAAUUUGUGUCACCUGAGUGAGUCGGAGUUGCCCUGCUGUAGGACGACAGUGUUCUACUGUUUUCAUUGUGAUUGUCUUAUUAUCAUAAACUUGAGCCUUGUUUUCAUUCCAA